AUGCCAAAUAUCUUGAAGAGGCAAGAGGAGCAAAUGAGUCUAAGUCUUUAUUAUCAUGCUACAGAGGUUGAGCUUGAAGUUGUUCUUUCUAAAGAGCAGGUACUUGACGAAUCCGACCAAUGUAUUGAAAACCUAUUUGACUGCCCACAAAUACAAUUAGGUUCAUUUCUGGAGGAUACAUCGACAAUUAUUGAAAUUUGGGAGAUAUUUUACUUAACGAAUCCAAAUACAUCGCACUUCAUAUAUCUUCUAAAUGAUGGGACAUUUCUUUGCACAUGUAUGAUUAACAAAACUCACGGUUACCCAUGUCAUCAUUUUUACCGUUUAAUGACUCUUACGCCUGUUGCAAGAUUUCAUAUUGGAUUAAUUAAUCGACCAGUUUCUUUGCCAAUCCAGUUUUUAUGUUCAACAAAUGAGUCUGAUGUUCAAGUUGAAGGGCUUGCUGUAGUAGAUAAUAAAAUAUCUAAAUCCAUCUCAAAAAAAUAUAAGUUUGGCGAACUUUGGAGAUUAGGAAGGAAAGUGAUGGUUGACACAAUUGAAGAUGAUAAUGAGGAAAAUUAUCGCGAACUUUUUAGA